AAGCCAAAACCCAAAGGGGAGAGAGAGCUCUGAAGUGGUGGAAAAAAGGAGGAAGACAUGACGCUAGGGUUGAUCAAUGCGAACCCGGUGGUCCACGCGAAGAAGGAGAGGGUCGCUCGCGCCGAGGAUUCCCACGCCGAUGACGCCGUCGAUGCCCUCGACGUCUUUGAUUCCGUGAGGGAUAUCAGGGACCCUGAGCACCCUUACUCCUUGGAGCAGCUCAGUGUUCUCUCAGAGGAGUCCAUCGCGGUCGAUGAGAAGCUCGGCCGCAUUCAGAUAACCUUCACACCAACAGUUCAAUACUGUAGUAUGGCCACAGUUAUAGGAUUGUGCUUGAGGGUUAAGCUGAUGCAGUGCUUUCCCCCGCAUUUCAAGGUUGACAUAAAUGUAACUCCGGGUUCUCAUGUGGAUGAAGAAGCAGGUGAGGACAGGAGAUGCCCAACAAGUGAAACGAUCUUAGUAGAUUCCUUAGGCACACACAAGCCUAGUUGUGCUGUGUAAAUGUUGAGACAAUAGUGGCAGAUGUACAAAGCUUCACAAUCAUUAGUUAACAAACAAUUGAAUGACAAGGAAAGAGUUGCUGCAGCACUUGAGAAUCCCAACCUUCGCCAACUUGUGGAUGAGUGUCUCUACUCCAGUGAACUCUACUCACUUUAACUUGUUUUCAAAGAAGUCUGCUUGGAUGGUAGCUAUUCAUGUAUUACAACGGAUAUGAUGGUCGCUUCAUAUAUAUCUAUAUCUGAUUAUCAAACCAGCUUGAUGUUACUGUCGAUGCCUGUUUGCUUGCUCAGCUUACAGAAUAUCUCUUUGUACUUACAAAAAAAAAAAAAGAAAAAGAAAAAGGGAAAAGAAUAUCUCUUUGUGGAAGUUAUUGUUAUACUUAUUCUUAAUGGCGUUUCUUGGUUUCAUAUUUGAGAUCAAGUUGUUUUACAUA